AUGGAACUGGAGAAGACGCACUUGAUAAACUACUUCCUUGAAAUAUGUCCAACCGUUUUGGACUGCUCCAGGAAGGAGCUACAAUCUGUGUUGGCAAAAAAGGAAGAGGAGAAAAUAAGAAGAUUUAUGGCCGAUAAGAAUGUAAACCUGAUCGUGAUUGGGAAGGAAAAAAAAGAAGACGCAGAUAAUGAGGGGUCGGACAGAAAUGGGCACUCAGGAAAUGCCACCCAGCCAGAGGCUGAAGAAGAAGAAUCAACCGUAUCCGCACCUCUAUCCGCAGCAACCGCAGGGGCGGAACGGGGCACGAAGUUGGAGAAGGAACCAGGGCAUGUCCUAUUCGUGGAGCUGAACAUAAACUACAAAUGCGUGACCAAAAGUGUUGCCAUAGCUUUCAUGAAACGAAAGAAAGAAAACUUCUUAUCCAUGCGUGACCAGAUAGAUAAGGGAAAUAACAAAACCAACUUGUCGAACGAAUUGCUCAUGUUUGUCUGUGGACAACACGAUUGCGAUACUCCCCUGGAUUUAGUAUACUUAUAUUUAUCGCAAGGUUUUAACACGAUAUUUGAUGCCGCGUCCAGUGCUGCCCACAAUGCACCUGCUAAGGAUUCCAUUCCAACUGGUUACGGUAGGAAGGAGCUUGAAAUGAGUGGCGGUUUUGUUGGUACGUCUGCUAUGAGUACCACUGCAGGGGGAAAUAAAUACUUAACAUACGAAGGAGAAAAUAAACUUUCGAACGUUCUAAUGACCAACGUGUCGAAGAAGCUGAACGAACUUCUCAUAUCCAUGAAGAAUGCUCAGAUCGAUUUGAACAUUCCUAUCAUAAACUUAAGUGUGGACAGAAGGAUAAAAGAGUUAGUACGGGAAUAUCCAAACGUGGAUGAAAUAAAACCAGAGAAGUUAAAGGCACUGUGUGAAUCCCAAGAAUUUCUAAACCAGUUACAAAAGGAUGUGACCAAAUGGGUUGAAGAAAUACAGAAGCUAACUAGACUGAAUGGAGACUUCAAAAGUGGAAGUGCAUUAGCAGAGAUAAAUUUUUGGAUCGGAUAUGAAAAUGCUCUGUCUCAGCUGGAAAAUCAGCUAAAAACUCCUGAAGUACUCUUAACGUUACAAAUUUUGAAAAGUGCCAAGAGGUACUUUGCAACAAUGUCCUUCGACAGUGACAUCCAACUGAAGCAGUCAAAGGAGUACGUCUUAAAUGUGAACAUUUUAAUGAAGGACUUCCCCAUAGAUGAUCUUCUAGGUGCACAGACGGUUCAGCAGAUUAUCCAGGCUGUAAGAAUUAUCUUCACCCAUUUGAAGAAGUUAAAAAAUACAACAAAAUAUCCCCUAUCUAGAUCGUACAAUUUUGUGGAGGCCUUGUCUAGAGAUUUGGGAAACACCCUGAAGAAGGUACUGUCCCCGCAGGCACUACUAAGCAUGGAUUACCAAGAAUUCGACGUGCUCAUUUCUGGAUGCAUGGAAGUGUUUCGCCUGUGGAAUGACGAAAUGAGGGUGUUCAAGGAUAUGGUAAGAGAACUCAUAAAGAAAAGAAGUUUCAAUGAGAGGGCACCUGCCAAAAUGGUAUUCGAACAUAUAAAUCUGCAAGAAAGGUUAGACGAAAUAAGGAAGUUCAGGAAGCAGCAUCAAAAGUUUAAGGCGGUUAUUACGAAGGUGUUUGGCGACGACAGAACAGUGGGAGUGAAUCUCCUGAAGGAUAUAAAUUCAGCGUAUGAUAUUUUCUUACCGUUGGACGCUUUGGACUUGUCCAAAACGGGGGAAGAGCUGUGGGAAAAAUCGAAACUCUCCUACGAAUCAAGAAUUAAUAAAGUGGAGUCCCAAAUUACGUUCAAAUUGAGGGACCAAUUAGGAGGGGCCAAAACGUCGACAGAAAUGUUUAACGCCUUCUCUAAAUUCAACCCGUUAUUUUUUAGACCCAAAAUUAGAGGCGCCAUUCAGGAGUACCAAAACAGUUUAAUACAAAUUGUUGUAGACGAUUUGAGGAAACUUCAAAUGGUGUAUAUCAAUGGGUAUGUGAAAAGCCCCUCCGAAAAGGUGUCAACUAUUAGGGACAUUCCCUUGGUGGCUGGAUCCAUCAUCUGGGCUAAGCAGAUUGAACGGAAAUUGGAAGACUCCCUCAAAAGGAUAGAAAAUGUGCUGGGAAGAGGGUGGGAACAACACUCUGAAGGGAAGAAUUUACGGCAAAGUAUUGACAAUUUUAAGACUCUCCUUUCGCAAAAUAAGACGUUUGAAAAAUGGCUCAAGGGGGUGAAGAGCGCAGAUAAGUUCGACAUGUACGAGAAAAUCAUUAAGAUAAAAAAGUUGGGGGUAAAAAAUUUCGAAAUUCUGGCAAACUACGAUUUUGAAUUUUUUAACCUCUUUAAGGAGGUUCGCUACUUACAGUCCAUCAAUUUGAGGGUCCCCUACUCCAUAAAGGUGAAGGCAGAUGAGACGAAACUGAUAUACCCGUACGCCCUAACUUUGCAGAAGACGUUUAGGAGUUACAUGAAAAUAUGCCUCUUCAUGGAGAACGAAGCGAAAGCAGUUCCCUUCAAUUCGACUAUAAGCAAGUUGGUGGCGUCCAUACAUAAUAAUGUGCAGGCGAAAAUCAAGGAGGGGAUUGGCCUACACUGGGAUUCAGACGUGCUGGAGACAUAUGUAAGGAAGUUGACUGAAGUGGUUAACACGUUUGAGUCCAUGGUGGAUGAAGCCGUGCGGAAAAAUUCCUUCGUUCUGGAUACCCUAGAUAGGAUAAAAGUGUGCGAAAUAGCAAUUGAGGGGGAGGAAGUUACCAAGUUGGUGAAAUCCAUUCAGGAGAAAGCAGAUGAGCUGUACCUGGAACAUUACCGAAAUGUGCAUAUCUGGAUUGAUGAGCUGAACACACUUUUGAAUAAAAUUCUGACAGAUCGAUUGGAGGAGGUCAUAAAAACCUGGACAGGCGAAUUUGUAAACUGGACCAGUGGUUCCCAGAAGGGGAAAAAAUUCAUAAUGAAGGAAACGACACACGAAUUUAAGAUAAUCAAUCAGAAGUUUUAUCUACACCCAUCGAUUGAUACGAUGAGGCAGAUGUGGUACUCGAACCUGGCGCAGGCCAUAAACAUCAUUUGCGGAAUUCCUAGGGUUAAGAACAUAUAUCAGAAAAAGGAUAGGACUAAGGAAACUAUCCAAAUAGGGAAAGAAAAUGAUUCUAGCAUUCCAAGUGAGGUCAUAUUGGAUAAUACAUACAGACACAUCAUCUAUUUUAUAGACAAGAAAGUGUACGACGAUGCGAUAGAAUGCAUUAAUGAGAUGGUUGAAAAGGCGAGGAAAUAUGAAUCCAUGUGGUUGCAGUAUAACACCCUGUGGAAAAUAGAAAUAGGAGACAUCAUCACUAACUUUGGUGAAGACAUACAAACGUGGAAAGGGUUCAUGAACGAAAUUAGACAAACUGGAUACACAUUUGAUACACUCGAUACGGAAAAGAACUUCGGACCGAUUGUUAUAGAUUAUAGAAUUCUUCAGUCGAAGGUGAGUUCUAAGUUUGAAAAUUGGCAAAAGGAAAUAGUAUCUGAAUUUUCUAAAAAGUUAUCAGAAAAAAUUGUGGUGUUGAAGGCGGAGAUAGAAAAGGCCUUGAACGAAUUAAAUCUCCAAGCAGAAGUGACGAACGAGUCGGAAAUUACAGCCAUGCAUAUUCUGUCCAUGGCUCCGAAGGAUAUCAUAGCAAUUAUCAAUACACACGAUAUGGAGGUUCUCUCCAAAAUAUGCAAUAGUGUGUAUAAAUUUAUAGAAAAGAUUAAUCAGAUUAGUACCAAAGGGGCCGAAUGGGACAGUAGGUGUGAUGUGCUGAAGCAGAGCGAAGUGCUUCUGGAGAAGCAACGCUACGUCUUUCCAGGCAGUUGGAUCUACAUAGAUAGCGUGAUUGGAAAGGUUGAGACGGUAAAUCAAAUAUGCAGUUAUCAAAUAAAGUUAGUAAAGGAUUAUUUUCCAUACAUACAAAGUUUAGUGCUAGAAUUCGAUGCCAACGUGCAGAAUAGUAUUAAGGUCCUAUUCGACGAAUGGAACAAAAAUAAACCAUCCCAUGGGAAUACAAACAGUACGAAGGCUUUGCAAAUUAUAAGUGCAUUUGAAAGCAGAAUUGAUGUGACUAAUGGGCAGUAUGAAAUAUCAGAAAGGAUAAAGAAGCUGAUGAAGAUUCGCAGCGAAGAAGCGGAAAAUGGGUUCCACGUAUCCCCCAACAUUUUGAAAGAAGAAAUAGCUUGCGUGAAAGGCAUAUGGGAUGAGUUAAAGUCGAUUUAUUCGACCAUCUCUGAAAUGAAGAAAAUGCUCUGGUGUAAUGUAGAACCCAAAAAUGUUAGGAACACCCUGAAUGGGUUACUAGAUUGUAUAAAGAGAAUACCCGCAAAGUAUAGACAGUAUGAAAUUUUUGACAACGUGCAGGAAGAAAUACAACAGUAUUUAAAGACGUAUGGAUUGUUGUUAGAUUUGAAGUCGGAAUCGCUGAAGGAUAGGCAUUGGAGAUUGAUACUGCACAAGUUGCAAAUCAAGAUAUAUUACAACAAGUUAACGUUAGGAAAUUUAUGGUCCCUCAAUUUGAGCGCACAUGAGAAUGCUCUACGGGAAAUUCUUAAUCAGUCACAAGGAGAAAUGGCACUGGAAGAAUUCCUCAGGGGGUUGAAAGACACCUGGAAUGAGUACGAACUGGAACUUGUACAAUAUCAAAAUAAAUGCAAACUGAUAAAAGGAUGGAAUGACAUUUUUUCGACCAUAGAUGAUCAUCUAAAUGCGCUGCAAUCGAUGAAGAUAUCUUCCUACGUGAAAAUUUUCGAAGAAGAGACCCUCACGUGGGAUGAAAAGUUAAAUAGGUUACGAAAUUUGUUAGAUGUCUGGAUGAAUGUACAGAGGAAGUGGGUAUACUUAGAAGGCGUGUUGAAAGGGUCCUCAGAUAUCAAGUCGCUACUACCUCAAGAAUAUAACAGGUUCAAGAUUAUCGAUACGGAUUUUAUUAAUAUAAUGAGGAAAACUAGUGAGAAACCCAAGCUGAUGGAACUUUUUCAAAUGGAAGGAUUUCAGAAGCAGCUGGAUAGACUAUCCGAUUCGUUGUCUAAGAUCCAGAAGGCAUUGGGGGAGUACCUAGAGAAGCAAAGAAAUCAGUUCCCAAGGUUCUACUUUGUGGGGGAUGAAGAUUUACUAGAAAUGAUUGGAAAUUCGAAGGAUGCUAAGGUAAUACAAAGAAAUGUGAACAAAAUGUUUGCAGGCAUUAGCUCCUUCAUCAUUAAGGAGAAUACCAGUGAUGUGAUACUUGGAAUGUCGUCUAGAGAAGGGGAGGAAAUCUUUUUUGAAGAGCCCAUUUGUUUAAGUGCCUAUAAAACGUUAAAAGAGUGGCUCAUAACGUUGGAGACUUAUAUGAAGUCUACCCUGCAGAACUGUCUAGACAAGGCUGCGAAGGAGAUCCUACAGAUGGAUGUGCUGGAAUGCGCCAACAGUAGGGGAAACGAUCAAAUUAUCGAAUGGGCAUCCAAGUACCCCAACCAAAUUGUUUUACUCUGUCUGCAAAUUCUUUGGACCUCUAACAUUGAAGGGGAUAUGCAAGGUGGGUCGGUAACCGGUGAUACAUCUCCCAGUGAGCAUGUACCUACGGGGAACAUUUUCCAAAGGAGCGAAAAGAUAUGCGUCUCCCUGCUAGAAUUUUUAGCUGUGAGUGUUGUCAAACAGAGGGAUCACAGGACCAGGCAAAAAAUUGUGCAAAUGAUAACGGAGUUGGUCCACCAGAGAGACGUUAUACGUGUCUUGAUAGAAAAGAACGUUCGAAGCGUCCAUGAUUUUACCUGGCUGCAGUAUAUGAGAUUUUAUUGGGAUUCUAGCAAAACAAACAGUGGCGUAAAUUUGUUGAUAAAAAUGGCAGAUGCGACGUUUGAGUAUGGGUAUGAAUAUCUGGGCAUGUGCGAAAAGUUAGUUCAAACGAAGUUAACAGAUGCGUGCUUCUUAACCCUAACCCAGGCACUGAAGAUGAAAUUGGGGGGGAACCCCUUUGGACCUGCUGGGACAGGGAAAACUGAAAGUGUAAAGGCACUAGGGGCACAACUUGGAAGAUACGUUCUAGUUUUUAACUGUGAUGAGUCGUUUGAUUUUACCGCUAUGGGGAGAAUCUUCGUUGGUUUGUGCCAAGUGGGCGCUUGGGGAUGCUUCGAUGAGUUUAACAGACUGGAGGAGAGAAUCCUGUCCGCUGUGUCUGAACAAAUUUUAACGAUUCAAAUGAGCUUAGCUCAGAGGAAGAGUGAAAUUGAAAUUUUGAACAAAAAAAUAGGGCUAAAUAAAAAUGUGGGGAUUUUUGUAACUAUGAACCCCGGAUACGCUGGGAGGUCAAAUUUGCCUGAUAAUCUGAAGCAGCUGUUUAGAAGCUUUGCCAUGAUUGAGCCGAAUAAGCAACUCAUCGUUGAAGUGACUUUAUUUUCGCAAGGCUUCAUAAGUGCAGAGCAUUUAUCAAGUAAAAUUGUGUCUCUCUUUGAAUUAUGUUCUGAGCAGUUGUCCAAGCAGCCUCACUACGACUUCGGAUUGAGGUCACUCAAGAGUGUGCUAAAUUCUGCAGGUAAUUUGAAGAGGCAGGCUCUUUUGGAGGGUGCGCAUGGUAGGGGGGAAGAUGAAACAAAUGUAGAUAACGACACGGGAAUAAGUAAAGGGGGGAGCAUCGCUAAGGGGGAGAGUUCCACAGAAGGUAUAGUUGAGAUGGAGCAGAACUUACUCCUCAAAUCAGUGUGUGAUACGGUUUAUCCGAAGCUAGUUUCGAGUGACAUCCUUCUGAUAAGAAGCUUACUAACGGGAGUAUUCCCGAACAUAAAUGUAGCCCCGUUUGAGGAGAAGGCACUAGUGAACGAAAUACAUCGCAUAUGCAAGUCAAGGUUUUAUACCCCCGAGGAGAAAUGGGUAACGAAAAUAUGCCAGAUAUAUCAGAUAAUGAAAUUGCAACACGGGGUUAUGUUAGUGGGGGAUGUUGGAACAGGAAAAAGUAGCGCCUGGAAAGUAUUGCUAGAUGCCAUGGAAGCGUUAGACAACGUCAAAGGGGUGAGUUACAUCAUCGAUGCGAAGUCAUUAGACAAGGAAGAAAUAUAUGGAAAAUUAGACAACAUAAAUUUGGAAUGGACCGAUGGAGUUUUUACAGCUAUAUUGAGGAAAAUUCUUUACAAUUCAGCACAGUCUGGGAAUGCUACAAAAAGACACUGGAUCAUUUUCGAUGGAGAUGUAGAUCCUGAAUGGGCUGAAAAUUUGAACAGCGUCUUGGAUGACAAUAAAUUGUUGACUUUGCCAAAUGGAGAGCGUUUGCCGAUACCUGAAAGUGUUCGCAUUUUGUUCGAAGUCGAUACGUUGAAGCAUGCAACAUUGGCUACCGUCAGUAGAUGCGGUAUGAUAUGGUUUUCUAGGGACAUACUCUCUCCAACGCUUCUGUUUAAGCAUAAGUUGGCGAAGCUAAAAUAUGGUAAUCAUGAUUACCCACGCCAAAUGGACCGAUUUAAGGCCUUCAUUAUGAACAACAAUGAAAGUAGCGCUAUUAGGAAUGAGAGUGCACACAUGAAUGACUCCACGACGGUGCAGAGGACGUCAAACGAUUCCCUCAGUAGUCACGAAAAUAUAAGGAUGAGUGACAAUUUAAUGGACCAUAUGAAGAAAAAUUCUCACAUAUUUUUCGAUGAAAAUGAAGAUGAACUGAAUGUAUGUUCUACUAAUACCAUCGCAUGUAGGGCGAUCAAGCUGAUUAGUGACUACUUUGAAGAAAACGAAUUUGUGCACCAGUGUCUUUUGGGUGCUAACAAAUUUGAUCACGUGAUGGAUUAUGAAUAUAUAAGGGCUAUUGAAAGUACAUUUCUGCUGCUAGAAAAGGGGAUUGACAAUUUAGUGGUAAAAAAUGAGAAAACAAAUAACGGCAUAACGGAUGGAGAUAUAGAGAAGUAUAUCUCCAAAUGGCUAGUCAUGAGCAUAUUGUGGGGAAUAGGUGGAUCCUUAAAUCUUGAAGCUAGGGAAAAAUUUUCCAUAUAUGUUGAGUCCAUAUGUUCUAUUCCGUUGCCAGCCGAUUUGUCGAGAAGUAGACAAAUGGACGACAAUGAUUCGUCAGAUGCGCCAAGGACGCUUUUAGAUUACGAACCCAACAUUGAAGACGGCGAAUGGCAUUGCUGGAAGGAGCGAGUCGAAAUGAUAGAUGUAGACAGAGGAGAAGUAUCCGAUGCGACUCUUGUGAUUGAAACAAUGGAUACGAUAAGGCAUGCAACCGUUUUGGAAGGGUGGUUAAAUUUGAAGAAGCCAUUCAUUUUGUGUGGACCCCCAGGAUCCGGAAAGACAAUGACCUUAACAUCUGUACUGAAGAAAUCCUCCGAAUUUGACAUCGCUGCGUUAAAUUUUUCUUCGGGCUCUUUACCAAAUUUGUUGCUUCAGACAUUUGACCACUAUUGUGAGUAUGUAAAAACGACUAGCGAAUUGGUGUUAAGACCGGUGCAACCAGGAAAAUGGUUGAUCAUUUUCGCUGAUGAGAUAAAUUUGCCAACCCCAGACAAGUAUGACACACAGAGAAUUAUCAUGUUCAUGAGACAGAUCUACGAAUCGCAAGGUUUCUGGAAAUAUGACUCUAACAAUAAUCAAUGGAAUUGGGUAAAAAUAGAGAGAAUAACCUUUGCCGGGGCGUGUAACCCUCCAACAGAUGCAGGAAGAAACCCAUUAAGUAAUCGAUUCCUUAGACACACGGCAAUUUUGUAUGUAGAUUUCCCAGGGUAUGAAUCUCUGAAGCAAAUAUAUGGUACCUUCAAUAGAGCGAUUUUGCGCAAAUUUGGGGAAGCAUCCCACAUGGCUGACAAUUUGACUCUGGCGAUGGUAAAUUUUUACACGAAAUUUUCUGAAACGUUUACAAUAGAUAUGCAGCCUCAUUAUAUUUACAGCCCGAGAGAACUCACCAGGUGGAAGCUGGCCUUAUACGAAACGUUAGAACAUUGCGAUCACUUAGAGAAAAGAGACCUGGUUCGGUUGUGCAUCUGCGAGGGGCUAAGAAUAUUUCAAGAUAGACUUAUCUACAAAAAGGAGAAAAAACAAACGGAUAAAAUUAUCGAUGAUAUAUUCAAAUUUUGCUUCCCUGGCAUUGGCGAAGCCGAUUUGGAGAGGCCAAUUCUGUUCACUUCGUACGUGCAAAAUGAGUACAAGGAAAUUGACAAGAAAGACUUGAAGGAAUUGAUAAAGGCAAAGUUAAAAGUUUUUAAUGAAGAGGAGAUAAAUGUGCAGCUGGUCCUUUUUGACGACGUGUUGGAUCAUAUAACAAGGAUAGAUCGAGUUUUGCGAUUGCCUUUGGGACAUCUGCUACUGGUCGGUGCGUCUGGGGCAGGGAAAACCAUUUUGUCCCGCUUCGUUUCGUGGAUUAAUGGGCUGUCCGUUUUUCAAAUUCGAGCUGGACGCAAUUACUGCACUGAAUCGUUUGAGGCCGAUUUAAGAAGUGUCAUGAAACGAUCUGGAAUAAAGGAAGAAAAAAUAACAUUCAUAUUUGACGAGUCGAACGUUUUAGGGCCCGCCUUUCUAGAAAGAAUGAAUGCCUUGCUAGCUAGUGGAGAAGUGCCCGGCUUGUUUGAAGGCGAUAAUUACACCGCCUUAAUAAAUGAGUGUAAAGCUGCGUAUGGGUCCAAUGUAGGUUUAGACGAGUCAGACAUAUUUAAAAAAUUCACAAAGCAGGUUCAGAAAAAUUUGCAUAUCGUUUUUACCAUGAACCCAGCGAACCCGGAUUUUGCAAAUAGGCAAGCAACUUCACCAGCUUUGUUCAACAGAUGUGUGAUAGAUUGGUUUGGGGACUGGCCUUAUAGUGCCCUCCUGCAAGUUGCAAGUGAAUUUAUUUACAACCUCGACCUACCGGAUAAGAAUUUUCACAUGGACAAUGUAGAGGAGGUCCCAAUAAAAGGGAAGAUCCAAUAUAAGGAUAACAAGUCGUAUUAUCUAUCCAGAGCUAUAGUCGAAAUUCACAAUUCUGUUGUGAGGAUAAAUGGUGUGCUUCUCAAGAAAGGCAGUAAAUAUAAUUACAUGACCCCGAGAGACUUUCUCGAUUUCAUUAAACACUUUUUGAAAAUUAUCGAGGAAAAGAAGGAAGAAGUUUCUGAUCAGAAGAAGCACCUAAAUUUAGGGUUAAACAAAUUAAAGGAUACAGAAGUGCAGGUGGCAGAAUUGAGGAAUUCGCUAGCUAUAAAUAAAAAGACCUUAGCCGAAAAGGAUACAGAGGCGGAGGAAAAGAUGAAACUGAUGAUAGAACAGCAAGCCGAAACGGAAGACAAAAAGAAGAAAGCGGAAAUUCUAGCCAAAAAGUUAGAUGAACAAUUUAUCAUAAUAGAGCAGAGAAAAGAAAUUGUUAGAAAAGAAUUAAGUGAAGUAGAACCCAAAUUUAGAGAAGCAGAAGAAGCCGUUAAAAAUAUCCCUAAGAAAAAUUUUGACGAAUUAAGGGCUAUGGCGAAUCCUCCCAUUUUGGUAAGAAAUGCAGUGGAAGCGGUUGCCAUACUUAUUAUGAAUGAAGGAGAUAAAAGCGUCACAUGGGAAGAUGCUAGAAAAAUUAUGAAGGGCCAGGAUUUUAUAAAUAAAGUCCUCUACUUGGACAAGAAAAUGGUAAAGCCUCAAACUAGUGCCCAAAUUAAGAAGCGAAUAAGUCAUACUGAUUGGGACGUGGAUAGGAUAAAUAAAGCAUCUCGCGCAGCAGGGCCAUUGGCGAAGUGGGUCGAAUCGGUUAUUACGUUUUUAAAUAUAUUAGAAACGGUUCAGCCGUUGGAGAAUGAAAUUGAGAAGCUGCAGGAAGAAACAAGAAUUGCGGAAGAUCAGUACAAUGAGCAGAAGGAUAUCAUUUCGGAGCUGGAAAAAAAAUUAGUGCAAUAUAAGAAUGAUUAUGCCCAGCUAAUUAGCCAAGUGCAGAGCAUUAAGCAAGAAAUGGAAAAUGUGGAAAAUAAAAUAAAGAGAUCUAUUAACCUGAUUGAUAAUUUAAAAUCUGAGAAGGAAAGGUGGUCAGAGACAUUCAUCAAUUUGGAGGAAGCUUCCGAAACGUUUGUGGGGGAUUGUCUCAUAGCGGCAGCGUUCUGUGCUUACAUUGGCUUCUUUGAACAUUAUGAAAGGCAGAAAUUGAAGAAAACGUGGGGGGAAAUUAUAAAAAUGCAUCAUAUAAAACAUAGACACGAUUUAUCUUUUAUAGAAUUUUUGUCUAACCCAUCGGAAAGGUUGCAGUGGAUAGCAAAUGAAUUGCCGAGCGAUGAGUUGUCCAUAGAAAAUGCCAUUAUUAUAAAGAGUUAUAUAAGGUACCCCAUGAUUAUAGACCCAUCAGAUCAGGCCAGCACGUUCUUGCUUAACCAAUAUAGGGAUAAGAAAAUCGUGAAAACAUCCUUUUCUGAUAAAAAUUUUAUAAAGAAUUUGGAGAGUGCACUACGAUUUGGGUCGACAUUGCUCGUCUAUGAUGUGGAAAAGGUGGAUGCAAUUCUGAACUCGGUGCUAAAUCAGGAAACGCACAAGCAAGGCGGUCGUUUAUUAAUAACGAUUGGAGAUUCAGAAAUUGAUUACUCUCCCUCCUUUAACCUGUUUCUUACGUCGAGAGAUGCACAUUUUCAGUUUACCCCAGAUUUGUGCAGCCGAGUGACGUUCGUGAAUUUUACCUUAACACCAUCUUCACUGCAGAACCAGUGCUUAAAUAUGAUCCUAAAAAAUGAAAGACCAGACAUUGAUAAGAAGAGGUGCGAUUUGCUAAAACUGCAGGGAGAAUACAAAGUGAAGAUAAGGGAGUUAGAAGAAUCAUUACUUUUAGAAUUGUCCAACGUGAAGGGAAACAUACUGGAUGAUGAUAACGUGAUAACCACAAUGGAAAAACUAAAAGUGCAAGCAGCAGAAGCGUCUAAAGAAGUAAGCAUAGCCGAAGAAGUGAUGGUAGAAAUAGAGAACGUGAGUAACCAGUACUUAUUCCUAGCGCAAGGAUCCGCAAGGAUAUAUUUCAUUCUACAACAUUUAGGAAGCAUCAAUUUUUUAUAUCAAUACGAUUUGAAUUUUUUCUUUAAUUUGAUGAAAGAUAUGUUACGCAAGGAGGCAUCCUCCUCAAAUGUGAAGAAGAAUAAUGAGUACGAAGAAAGGUUAAAGUGUUUAGAAAAUUUGUUAUUCUCCUUAACGUAUAGCAGGGUCGCUCGGGGGUUACUACAGGAAGAUAGAUACGUGUUCGCCUUGCAGUUGUGUUAUGUGAAGGGUGUUAUCAAUCCGGGUAUAUGUAUAGACCCAAAUCAUUUGCACUUUUUACUGAAGGAUCAUUACGCUAGUCAUCGUGUAGAUGAGGCCGUAUCUUCCAAUGAGGGGAGUAAAAUUGAAAAAGAGUUAUUGCCAGAUUAUACCGAUGAACAGAUAAGCACAUUGAACAAUUUGCUAAAACAUAAUUCUUUUUCGAAUUUGAGGAAGAGUAUAAAAAAUGACAAGGAGAAGUGGAUCCAUUUGAUUCAUUCCACAGAACCGGAACAGUUAAUUUCGUCGAUAAUUAGUGGCCCAAUUUUUGGUGUGCAAAAUGGGAAGAGUGACGAAUCGGGGGAAGUCCUCAGUCGAAAUGUAGACCCGAAAAAUGGUACAAAGGAUGAACAAAUUUUAGCCUGCUUAAAGGAGUCACUAAUUAUUAAGGCAGUUAGACCAGAUAAAUUAGACAAAUGCUUUAACAAGCUUAUAAAUGUGAUUUUAGGGAAGGACUUCCUCUGGAUUCCUGAAUUAUCGACUAACGAAUUUGAGAAAUAUGUGAAGGAAAAUGCCAGUGGGAAUAUCCCCAUAGUGCUGAUAAGCGCCCCUGGAUUUGACCCGAGCAACAAGGUGCAACAGCUGAGUGAGAAAUGUAGGGUGUCCCUCUUUUCCAUCGCAAUGGGUUCGGAAGAAGGGUACAUUUCAGCAGAAAAAAUCAUAUCAUCUGCUCAAAAAAAUGGAGGGUGGGUUCUACUAAAAAAUAUUCACUUAUCGCCUAAAUGGCUUCAUCAGUUGGAGAAAAACAUACACAAAGCCACGACAAACCACAAUUUUCGAUUAUUCCUCACGAUGGAAAUAAACCCUAAAAUUCCUCCCAAUUUGCUACGUAUAUCCCUGACCUUCAUGUUCGAACCACCUGUAGGUAUUAAAUCGUCCAUACUGAGGACAUUCUCUUUAUUUUUAGAAAACAGAAAUUUAGAAGAUCCAAAAAUUGCCAGGAUAAGAUUGUACUUCCUUGUUUCCUUCCUGCAUGCAAUAAUUUUGGAAAGAAGGAGAUACACCCCCAUCGGAUGGACCAAGGGAUACGAAUUUGGUGACUCCGAUUUGGCGUGUGCUUUAUCCGUUGUAGAUAAUUGGUUAGAUAGAGCAUCCACAAAAAUAGGGAAGAGCGUCAUUGAGCAUAUAGAUCCUUCUAACAUCCCUUGGGAUGCCAUAAAAAAAAUACUAAAUGAGGUGGUCUACGGUGGUAGAUUGGACAAUUUGGUGGACUCCAAAAUUUUAGACACCUUCAUUGAGCAUUUGAUGAAUUCCAACUCCUUUGAAGCCGAUUUUAAAUUAAACAUUUGUAACAGUUCCUCUGAAAAGGAUUUGUUAACUUCACCAGAUCUGUUCAGACAGUUGAAUGACUACCUAAAAUGGACAAGUAAUAUGAGUAACACUGAUUUACCUGCAUGGCUCGGCUUCGGAAAACAAGCGGAAGGGUUGCUAACCACCAGAACGAAUUUUAGCAUUCUAAGCAAGUGGAACAUUUUGUAUAGUAAAAGCUGCUCCGAUGUUUAUGAACCGUUGCCUCAUGCUCCUCUGACGAAGGCACUAGGGGAGGAGAACAACUUUAGCAUGGAGUUGUACAGAAAAGGGGAUAAGCGGGUCCUCCCCAUGGUUUCCCCGGGUGACGGUGAUGUGACAAAAGGUGCCAUGAUGGAUCAAGGCGAGGAAGGUAUUUCCUCCUCUGAGGAGAGCGAACUGUCCGAAUCGUCCAUCGCAAGUAGGGUCACGCAUCGAUACUCACAGAACGAAAAUGUCCUAUUCAUUAACCAAAUUUUGGAUAGCCUGCCUGAGUACAUUCCCGAAUUGGAAAGAAAUGAAGAAAAUAUGAGUAACGCCGUUUUUAGGUGCUUCGAAAGGGAGAAUCACCUCUUUAGGGAUCUUCUAAAAAUCAUUAGGGGUAACUUAAAUCAGCUAAAAAAUGUGCUAGAGGAAAAAUUAAAAUACACGAAUAAAUUGAGAGCACUGGCUAAGGACUUAAACUCAUUCAACGUGCCACCUAGUUGGCUCAUCGAUGGGAAUGCAACUAACUUGAAUUUAACAAAUUGGAUAAGAGAGUUAAUUAAUCGUUUUUAUCAAAUAAUAGUCAUAACUACAGAGCUGAACGGAAGUAGGAAAGCAAAUUUGAACAAACAAAAAAGUAUGAACAGAGGUAGGGGCCGGAGCAGUAGUCGUAGCUGUAGUAAUGACCUCACCUUGGAAGCAUAUCAUCAGAAAAAUAACGACACAAUAACGGCUCACUUUAAAUUGGACAAGAAAUUGUCUAUUCAUUUUAUAUGGCUGGGUGGUUUAUUUUACCCAAGGGCGUUUAUUACAGCAACUAGGCAACUGUCUGCUUCUAAAUUUAAGAAUUCGCUAGACGACUUGGAGUUGUCAGUGGCCAUUGGGGCAAGCCCCGGGGAUCUGCUCGAUGACACCGUUCAUUUUACGAUUACUUGUUUGUCCAUCGAGGGCGCCCAGUGGAGCGACGUGGAGGGGUGCCUCAUCCUGAGCGACGAACUGGCCAUCGACCUCCCCCCAGUAACCAUCACCUGGGAAAAGAAGGAUAUCUUGAAUAAAAAAAUAAGCGAAAAAUCCAAUUCCACCUUUAUGGAGUUACCAAUUUAUUUGGACAAAUCGAGGAGAUCGUUUAUUGGCUUCUGGAAGUUUCCCGUUUCACGGGGGGUACUGAAGGAAAAUUGGUACCAGCGAGGGGUGGCCAUCUUUUUAUCCAAAACGUACUGA